UUCAGCAGCUAUAGCAUGCCUGCCUAUGCGUGGCGCUGGCGCGCCUUUCGCGAGCAGCGUAUGCGCGCGGUCGGGCAGUCUCGAGCUGCUACCCGCCUUGUUCAAACGAUCCCCGGGGACCGUUUACCGCGGAUACUGCAGCUGCCUCGACCACGAACCUUCGUGCCGCUGCAGUCCUCGCGGAGACGCAUCGAGGCCGGCCUGGACAGCAUGGACAACUACGUCAUGAUGGAGAAGAUCGGGGAAGGCACGUACGGCGUCGUGUACAAGGCGAGGUGCAAGCGGAGCAACAAGACCGUGGCGAUGAAGAAGGUCCGCGUCGAGAACGCAGACGAAGGAGUGCCGUCGACGACCAUACGAGAGGUGACCCUCCUCAAGGAGCUGACGCACGAGAACAUAGUGCGCCUCGUAGACGUCGUCAUGCCGGGAUCCAACAGCGCCAUGUACUUGGUGUUUGAGUAUAUGGCCAUGGACCUCAGGAAGCGCCUGGACACGCUGCCCAAGGACAAGAAGCUGGAUGCCGCCGUGGUCAAAAAGUACGUUCGCCAGAUCCUUGACGCCAUCGUCUACUGCCACCAGCGGCGAGUACUGCACCGUGACCUGAAGCCCGCCAACCUGCUUAUCGACCAGGGGGACACGAUCAAGGUGGCCGACUUCGGCUUGUGCCGCGCGCUCACGCUAACCGCGCGCCCGUACACGCACGAGGUGGUCACCCUGUGGUACCGAGCCCCCGAAGUCAUCAUGGGCACCCGCCGCUAUUCGACGCCCGUCGAUGUUUGGAGCAUCGGAUGCAUCUUCUUCGAACUGGCCACGGGCAAGGUUCUGUUCCGCGGGGAGUCGGAGAUCGAGCAGCUGUUCCGCAUAUUCCGCGUCCUGGGCACGCCGACGGACGAGACGUGGCCCCACGUGGCGCAGCUGCCCAACUACAAGCCGAACUUUCCCUUCUGGAAGGCGAGCGUCCUGUCCGAGCUGCUCCCGGAGGUGGACGGCGAUGCGGUCGACCUGCUCGAGAAGAUGCUCCGCUACGUUCCCGGCAAGAGGAUAUCGGCCCGAGACGCCUUGGCACACCCCUACUUCGCCGGCUCGAGUGCUUCCAAGCAGGCCGACGCCGAACUCAAAGUGGAUUGAGGCAGAGUGCGCCUUCCGACUCCGCAGGCACCGCAGAACCCGGAGAUCUUCCACCGCAGAACACGGAUGGCGAAAUGCGAGGAGCACGGCUUCGGGAAACGGCAGCGUAUACGGUUUUCAGUUGUAAAUAAAGAGAGUUCAAACGCAUG